AUGGCUUCCUCUCAUCCGUUUGGAGGAGGUCAAGUUCCUGUUAACUGUAAAUUAUGUGAAACAGAUAGACUAAUUCAGUGGAAAUGCAUGGACUGCAGUAUUUUGAUGUGUGGUCAUUGCAAGGACAAGGUACAUUCCCAAUUCAAAAAUGCACAAGAUCAUAAAAUCAUCAUAAGAGAAGAGAUUGGAUUGCAUACUGAAGAACUGGAUUUUACCAAUAUUAAGUGUGAUGAACAUGCUGGACAAUCAUCAUGUCUUUACUGUAAUACAUGUGAAGUCCUCGUUUGUCCAACCUGUUUUGCUAAAGUUCAUAAAAAGCAUGAUCUGAUUGAAAUUAGUGAUGAAUAUAAAGUGAAAGUCGAGAGACUGAAAAAAGGACAAAUUAAAAUGCAGAAGAAUAAUUCAAUCAUGAAAGCAAAGAAAGAUGAACUCAAUAAGCUUAUGUCUGCAGAAAAUUCAAAGUAUUCCAAAGUAAGACAAGAUAUUCUGAUGCAUGAGAAAACUGUUAAAGAACAAGUAGACACAUAUUUUAAGGAACUCUUAAAUAAAUUGGAUCAAAGUCAUGAAACUGUUUUAACAACAGUUAAAUCGGAUCUUAAUGCUAUAUCAAUAUUCACAAACCAGACAGAGGACAAACGAAAUGAAGUCCAAGAUUUUAUUGACAUUUCCAAUGCUACUGAUUUCUUCCAAGGGAUUAAAAUAAUAGAGAAUUCAACAGAAAUCCAAGAACCACAAACCAAGCCAAGCUAUAAUUCUUCACCAAAAUUUGUUCCAGGGAAUAUCAACCAAUCAAACAUUGGAUCAUUACAAUAUGACGGAAACUUGUCAGCAGAAAUAAACGUCUCUCUAGUCAUCAAUAAUACAUAUCAGACUGAACUUGAAGCAAUAACACUUGUAAUUCCAUGCCAAGACCAGUCAAUUUGGUUACAUUCUGGUACUAACGGAAUAUUACAGAGAGUAAAACCUGAAGGAACCAAUCUGAAGAUGAUGUCUAAAUUAGACAUUACAGUGUGUGGAAUGGCAGUUACUCCUUCUAAUCAACUCCUUAUGAUAGUUCAAGGGAAAACAGAGUUACAACAAAUCAGCAGUCCUGGUGAACUGACUGAUUCUGUUUAUGAUGUAACACCUUUACUUCCCAAUGCUAUUCAUGUAAUCAGUGACAAUAAACUCAUAGUUGGAGCUUAUAAUUACAAACAAAAAAGAAGUGCUGUGAUCACAAUGAACAAGAAAGGAGACAAGGAAACUGUAUAUGAACAUGAUCAACACAAUCAACCAUUAUUUAUUAACGUUAAGAAUAUAACCACUACAAGUAAUGGAAAUAUCCAUAUUGUGGAUGAUAUUUUUAAUCUUGGCAGAGGUAAAGUAGUGAUCUUAGGACAAAGUGGACAUAUAAUAAACCAGUAUAAAGGUCAUUCAAUCAUCAAUAAGAGUAAACCCUUCACACCAGUAAACAUUGUGACAACACCAAGUGACAAUGUUGUUGUGAUGGAUCUGAAUACUUACAUCUUACACAUCCUCAAUAACAAUGGACAUUUAAUUUCAUAUUUCAAUACAGAGGACAUAGGAAUAGAGUUUCCAUAUUCUCUUGCAAUCAACACAACUGGACAACUUUAUAUAGGAUGCUCUAGGGCUGCAGGUAGUCAAACUAAAAAAGCAAAGCUAUAUGAAAUAAACAUUGCAGGAUUUUAAUUUAUUCAAAACAUAUCUUUGACAGGAACUUGACAAAUAUAGUCAAAAACUUUUUAUAUCAUCUGAAAACUAACUAUAUAAAUCGAACAUAAUGAAUAUAUCCAGGAUUUAUGAGACAGAUGUCUAUCUUAAACAGUUCAGAAUUUGCACAUGCCAAAGUUAUACAAAUCAUUUUCAUUGUUUUUAUUAAUUAUAUAAGUAUAGUGAAGCAGCAAACCAAUUACACACAGGGUUCACACUAAGGCAAGUCCAUGAGUACUAGACUAAUGAAAAUCUUGCUGGACUAAUAAUUUUCACAACUGGCAUCAAGAUUGAAAUCAAAUGUAAACUCAGGACACACAUAUCAUCAUUUAAAGCAAAAGUUUAAAACUAAUCUGAAUUUAAUGUUAUUUCAAAGGUAUUGGUGUCAUUGGACACUAAAAAAAAUUAUGUUGCAAUAAAAUAUCUUCUUCUUACUGUUUGGCCAAAAAUGACAAGUCCUAAGUGAGAACCCUGGACACACAAAAAAAAAUCACACAGAUAUCAAGAUCCCAUCAAACAAAUUUCAACAAAAGAUAAAUGUUUAUAUGAUAUGUAAACAUUUUAAAUAUUUUAAACAUUCUUAUAUUUACAUACUAAAUAGUGUGUUAAAAUUACAUUGUUAGGCAAUAUGUAAAUAUAAUACAUGUAGAAUGUAAUAUCAACAUAUUUAAAUUUCAAAUAUAAGGAAAACCAUCUUUAAGGUGACAAUUCCAAAAGAAAUUGAAGAUGAAAGCUAUAAACAAGAAUUAUAAUACAUGCUGUACAACAGGAUUUUUUGCAGAAAUAGAAUUUUCAUGGAUAUUUUGCAACCAAUUGCAGAUUCCAAAAAUAAGUAUUAUUAAAAUAAGCAAUACAUGAAAUGAAGACCUAUGGUGUAAGAUUUAAAUGUCUAAAGAUUAAGAUAGAUAUAUUAUACUAUUUAUUAUGGUUGAAAAAACUAAAAUUUUCAUCAACAUUUCCCACCAAUUCAGUAUGUAUAUAUAUUAUAGUAGUGUGUGUUAAUUUGCACGAAAGUUUGAAAAGAC